UUCUAAACUCACUAGCAAUCCUCGAUCAGAGGCAGAAUUGGCCACGGUUUUCAAUUAAAUAUUAUUUUUCUGUACUUAAUCUCUUAGCUUUUUUAGUGUAAUCCUGUUUUUGGGGUUCACAGCUUGCAAAGAAGUGACUAGCUAAAGGAAACAAGAGAAUUGAAGCCACCAUAUAUAUACCUUUCAAUUAGAAUGUUCAUCACUCGAUGUAUUUGCAUGUUCUCUUGUCUCUUACAAACCCUUCAAGUACAAAUAGUCCUCUACACGACAACACAGAGACAUAUACUCCCAACUUCUUCUUUUAUCUUUUCAACUUUGUGAUCCUUAAGAGUCCUCUCGUUGGCUAAUCAUGUCAUUCAUUCCCUCAUUUUUCAUCGUCUUCUUGUGUCUUUCCAUGCAUGCAUGUAUCGCUCGGCAUAUUGGUUCAGUCAAUGUUGGAGGAAGGGUUAAGCAAAAGAUCAAGAUCGAUGUCGACCCACCAGUUCAAGGGACAAUUAGAGAGGGCAUCGUUGAUAACAUUGAUGGUGCUAUGAUGACUAACCAUCAAGAACCAAAAAUCGACUCAAAGGUUGUCGGAGAAAGUUCAGGAGAUGAUGAGAUAUUUAAGUCUCCUUCUUCCCUCGUGGUACCACUAAAGGCAACAAGUGUAGAGGGAUCAACAAGAAGAAAAGGACUUUCGUUAGUAAGAUUUGGCUCCAAUCUUUUCAACCGCAAAGUACAUGAAGUUGCAGAGGUGAUAGAUUAUGACCCACCACAUCGGACACCGCCGAUUCAUAAUAGAAAAGUCUAGAUAUAUAGCCGCCUAGCUAUACAUAAUGUAAUGCUCAACCCUAAUUUUCUCUUAUGUAUAAUAAAAUGGAGGAAUAUU